AUGUUUCGAGGUGGUAAACCCACUGCUUCUCGGGUUUCUACGAAUAUACAAAAACCAUCCACGAAUAGGGUAUUACCCUCAUCAGCAUCAUCAAAAGGUGGUACUUCUGCUUCUUCGGGAGUAAAAGGAGUAGUCACUACACCAUCCACUCCAAAGACAAGGCUAUCAGCAGCAUCAUCGGUGGUGAGAACUUCCUCUUCAUCGCAACCUCAACCAUCUAAGAGCCCUAGUAAUAUUGGAAAGAAUAAUAUACAUUAUAAUCAUAGAAAUCCUAGUGAGGAUAUAUCCCGAGAAUCAAAUAAUAGUAAAAUUGAGGAAGAAGAUGACGACGAUAUGGAAAUAAUGUCAGUCAAUGACCAAUAUCAAUAUUUAAAAGACUCGAACAAAUCUAAGGAUCAAAAUUCUAGUAUCAAGUCAAUUAGAUCAAGUCGAUCGAGUAAAUCUAAUAGAUCUACAAUGUCGGAAAUGGGUAUGUCUGACGAUUCAAUCCCUUUGAAAAUGAAAAAGAAGGUUCAAAUUGAAACUCCAAGAGAAAGGGACUACAGAGAUUCAAGAGAUUCUAGUAGUACUCGUUCAAUACCAACUGAGGAGCAAAAUGAGGACUUUGGGGAAGAGCAAAGUGUAUCCAGUUCAAAUAAUUCUCUUCAUAUUUUAUCUUCUGUGAGAAGAAAGUUAAAGGAGGAAGAGGCAGAAGAAGAGCAACCUGUAAAUAACAAUCCCAGACCUUCAAGAAUUGCUGAAUAUAUCAAAAGAUUUAGAACAGCUCCUCCUACACAGAGGAGUGAACGAAAACGUUUGGAAUUUGAGGAUGAAAAGGAAGAACCAAUACCAGUACCAAGAAAUGAGAGAAGGAAAUCACCAGAGUUAGAAUCUCUGGUUACUAAUUCUAGAGAAGAUAAUCGAUCAUGGAUGAAGAGAGCAAUGCAAAGCUCCAUAGAUAGCUCUCAUCCUUCCAUAAGAAACAUUAAUCAAAUGAAAGAAUCGAUCAAGCAAGAAAUAAUGGAUGUGGAGGACAACAUUGAGCGUGCAAAAAGAUACUCUCAAUUUAACCUAGAUGAAGAGGAAGCCCUGGCCCUUUCAACACAAGAUCAUUUUUCAUAUAUGGAUACUCUAGACUUUAAUAUCAACGAACUUAAUAAUAUUACAGAUUUAGCUCUGGAAAAUGGAAGUUUCAAAAUGUUUGGGAAUGUUGAAAGUAUUCUGUCGAAGCUGUCUAACGAAAAAACCAAUCAAUCUAAGGACUCGAUAAAUUCUGAAAAGAAAAUGGAUGAAACUAGUGAUUCAAGUGACGAAGAAAAACUAGAUGAAAUGUUUAGAAAAGGAGUAUUAUCGAGAUUACAAUCCAUUGGGCUUCACGAGUCAUAUUUGGAUCUGGAAAGUUAUGAUAUUCUAAGUAGUAACGAGAAACCAAAAAUUGAGAAUGUCAAAGUUGAUAAACUGGAUGAGUUAAAGAAGGAAAGCGAGCAAGUUGAAAAAUUGCUUCAAGGGAAAAAAAGCCGAGAGAAUUCAAUUAUUUUAGAGAAAGAAAAGGAAUUACCAAAACUUACUCAAAAAGAUUCAAAUCAUUCAAUACUAAGUAGUGUGAAAUCCUCUUCCCAAUCUUUGUUGUCUGAGGAAAAGUCACCUUCAAAAUAUGAGAUUAGUAUAGAUCAUGAAGAUAUGGAGGAAGGUUUCUUCCCUGUAGUAACCAUUAAAUCAGACAAGUCUGGCCCAGUUGUUUCUCAAUCAAUGGAAUCAUUAGAGAGUGACAAUAGUGCGUUUGAGUCGAGACAAUUAGACUUUGUUGACGAAGAAGAAUUAAUUCAAAGACAAAAGAAAAGCGAGCUAACACCACCAAUGAUGACAGAAAGUAUUGACAGUCUUCUUGGUAAAUCCAUUGAGUCUGUUUCAUCAGUAUCAUCUGCAAAUGAUAAUGAUAUGAGUACUAUGGGAUAUUGUCAACGAAUGAUUGAACAAAUGGUUAGUUCAGAACCAGAACCUGAACCAGAAAAACCAAUCAUUGAAAAAUCAAUAGAAAAGAAAGAAGUAAUUGAUAUUAAUGAUGAUAAUCAUGAACUCUUUACCAAUGAUUACAUUUGCCAAACACUACGACAAAAAAUAGAUCAAUUGAAAAGCAGAUUAGUAGAGUUGGAGAAGAAGGAUUCCCUUCUCAAAUACUAA